UUUAGUACCCUCUCUUGUGACUAUGUCUUCUCACCACAGGUGCAUUUUCAUAUAAGAUAAUUUUUUCAGAAAUGAACCAAGGAACGUGAGUGCAUCUCUAUUCAUGUUGGCCAGGCUGGAGUUCAGAUAGGAAAUGCAUGCUGGGAACUUUUCUGCCUGGAGCACGGCAUUCAGCCCGACGGCACCUUCAAGGAACUGCACGAUAAACUCAACUACGAUGACUCCUUUACCACAUUUUUUAAUGAAACGGCCACGGGGAAGCAUGUGCCACGGGCUGUAAUGGUGGACCUGGAGCCAACUGUGGUAGAUGAAGUGAGAGCUGGCACCUUCCGGGAACUUUUUCAUCCAGAACAGCUGAUCACUGGAAAGGAAGACGCAGCUAACAACUAUGCUCGAGGUCACUACACCAUCGGCAAAGAAAGCAUUGACAUGGUGCUGGAUCGUGUCCGUAAGCUGACUGAUGCCUGUUCCGGACUGCAGGGAUUCCUGAUCUUCCACAGCUUUGGUGGGGGUACCGGCUCUGGCUUUACCUCCUUACUGAUGGAACGCCUCUCCAUGGAUUAUGGAAAGAAGUCCAAACUGGAGUUUGCCAUCUACCCAGCCCCUCAGGUCUCCACCGCUGUGGUGGAGCCCUACAAUUCCAUCCUGACCACACACACCACCUUGGAGCACUCAGACUGCGCCUUCAUGGUGGAUAAUGAGGCCAUCUACGACAUCUGCCGCAGAAACCUGGACAUCGAGCGCCCCACUUACACUAACCUCAACCGCCUCAUCAGCCAGAUUGUCUCCUCCAUCACCGCCUCACUGCGCUUCGACGGUGCCCUCAAUGUGGAUCUGACGGAGUUCCAGACCAACCUGGUGCCCUACCCGCGCAUCCACUUCCCCUUAGUGACCUACGCCCCCAUCAUCUCCUCCGACAGAGCCUAUCACGAGCAGCUCUCAGUGGCUGAAAUCACCAGCUCCUGCUUUGAGCCCAACAACCAGAUGGUGAAGUGCGACCCAAGACACGGGAAGUACAUGGCCUGCUGCAUGCUCUACCGCGGUGACGUCGUUCCCAAAGACGUCAACGUGGCAAUUGCUGCCAUCAAGACUAAGAGAACCAUCCAGUUUGUCGACUGGUGUCCAACUGGCUUCAAGGUUGGGAUCAACUAUCAGCCUCCUACAGUAGUUCCUGGUGGAGACCUAGCCCAAGUUCAGCGGGCAGUCUGCAUGCUGAGCAACACCACAGCCAUUGCAGAGGCUUGGGCAAGGCUCGACCACAAGUUCGACCUGAUGUACGCCAAGAGAGCUUUUGUGCACUGGUACGUGGGGGAAGGCAUGGAGGAGGGAGAAUUCUCAGAGGCCCGAGAGGACCUGGCUGCCCUGGAGAAGGACUAUGAAGAAGUAGGAACUGACUCUUUCGAAGAAGAAAAUGAUGAGGAGUAAUUGUAAAAUACACUUUGC